GAGAGAGAGAGAGAGAGCAGGAGCGCUCCGCAGUAGCAGGGACCGAGUCAGACGGCGCAGGAGCCAAAGUAGAUUCAGACGUGGCGACAGAGGAGUCUAACAUACAUCAAGUGGUGCACAAAGAACUGUGGACUGAGAACAAAAAAAAAAUACAACAACAAAACAAAACAGAUAGAUUAAAUAUUACUGCUCAGAAAGAAAGAAAGAAAAAAUAGAGGUGCAGUGUGUGGGACUGUGCUUUUCUGGGACAGGGAGAAAGAAAGGAGCAAGAAGGAACAAUAAGACGUGUUUUCCAGAAGGACCCUUGGAAUUUUGCGCUUUUACGCACACCAUCUCUCUCUCUCUGUCUCACACACACACACACACACACACACACACACACACACACACACACACACACACACACACACACACACACACACACACCUACAGCAGGAUAUAGCUAUCUCUACUCUAGCUCUAAAAGAGUGAGGAAGAGUGUGUAAGUGAGAGAGCCUGUCGUUCCUCUGGAGUCUACGGGACCAUGGCACCUGUCAGAGACGCAGUGGCGCUUGGCUGAAGACGCACACAUACUCACUCACACACACACACACACACACACACACACACACACACACACACACACACACACACACUGGGAGAGAUUAGCAGUACAAAGUUCUACAAUCUCAUUGUCCGAUCUGGAACUUAAUCACAAAAACCUCUGGCAAAGCAACUGACCAACCACUCUUCAGUGCAUCCACCACCUGGAAGCUUCUCUCUGAACACUAUUGAGAGCAUCUGAAGAUGAUGAUGAUGACUAUGAUAGUGGUGGUAUUGACUGUGAUGCUCGGCCUGAUCACUAUCAGUUCAUCGUCCAGUGGCUCAUCUGCAUCUUCUACCUCUUCCACCUCUGCACCAAGGAUGAAGCUUACUUACAAAGAGCUCCAGCAGUUUAAUGGAGUGAAGCGGUUUGACUUGGAUCGCUCGUGCUGUUUCGGAUCACUCCUAUUGGAUGAAGAAAGGGGCCGGCUCUUUGUAGGAGCGAGAAACUACCUGUUGUCACUCAGCCUGGAUAACAUUGCCAAACAAGAACAAAAGAUUUACUGGCCAGCACCUGUGGAGUGGAGGGAAGAGUGCAACUGGGCAGGGAAGGACAUCAAUAUGGACUGUGUUAAUUAUGUGAAGGUUUUACAUCACUUUAACCGAACUCAUCUGUAUGCCUGUGGGACAGGAGCCUUCCAUCCGACCUGUGCUUACGUGGAGGUUGGACAUAAGGUGGAGGAUCAUGUGUUUCGAUUUGAUCAAUCUCUUGUUGAAGAGGGUAAAGGGAAAAGCCCAUAUGACCCACGGCACACCGCAGCUUCUGUUCUGGUUGGUGAUGAGCUGUAUGCAGGCGUGGCCACUGAUCUGAUGGGAAGGGAUUUCACGAUUUUUCGGAGCCUGGGACAGAAACCCUCCAUACGGACAGAACAACACGACUCUCGCUGGCUUAACGAGCCCAAGUUCAUUGGUGCUUUCGCUGUUCCGGAGAGUGAGAACCCUGAUGAUGAUAAAGUCUUCUUUUUCUUCCGAGAAACUGCUGUUGAAGCUCAAGGCUACGGCAAGGUCACCUAUGCUCGGAUUGGCCAGCUGUGCCGGAAUGACAUGGGAGGGCAGCGUAGUUUAGUGAAUAAGUGGACAACAUUCCUGAAGACUCGACUUGUCUGCUCUGUACCAGGCAACGAUGGCAGUGAAACACACUUUGAUGAGCUCAGGGACGUAUUCCUGCUGCAAACACGAGACAGGAAGAAUCCACUGGUCUAUACAGUCUUCUCUACUUCCAGUAGUGUAUUCCGUGGAUCAGCCGUCUGCCUGUACACUAUGAAUGACAUCCGGAGGGCAUUUUUAGGGCCGUUUGCCCAUAAAGAGGGACCCAAUUACCAGUGGGUGCCUUUCCAAGGCAAAGUUCCUUACCCUCGACCAGGCAUGUGUCCCAGUAAGACGUUCGGAAGUUUCGAGUCCACUAAAGGUUUCCCAGAUAAUGUGAUCCAGUUUGCACGUCAUCACCCGUUGAUGUAUAACCCGGUGACGCCGCUCGGUGGCCGUCCGCUCUUCCUGCGCACAGGAAUGCCAUACAGCUUCACACAGAUCGCUGUGGAUCGAGUUAAUGCUGCAGAUGGCCACUACGACGUCAUGUUCAUUGGAACAGAUGUCGGCACAGUUCUGAAGGUGAUCUCUGUGCCCAAAGGAAGCUGGAGCAACACAGAGCUGCUGCUUGAAGAGCUGCAAGUCUUCAAAGAUUCUUCGUCCAUUAUCAAUAUGCAGAUCUCCUCCAAACGACAACAGCUAUAUGUAGGCUCUGAUACAGGUGUGGCACAGGUGCCACUGCAUCGCUGCAGCAUGUACGGUAAAGCAUGUGCUGAGUGCUGCCUUGCCCGUGACCCCUACUGUGCCUGGGAUGGACACACUUGCACUCGCUAUCUGCCUAACACAAAACGGCGAUUCCGUCGCCAGGACGUGAGGAAUGGUGACCCUAACACACUCUGUUCAGGAGACCACCAGAAGCUGCGUGUUUUGGAGAAGAAGCUGUAUGCAGUGGAGGGAAGUAGCUCUUUCCUGGAGUGCAUUCCCAAAUCACUACAGGCUCAGGUCACAUGGACCUUGCAGAGACACCCUAACAAUGCUCGAGAAGAGGUCCGUCUGGAUGAUCGAGUGCUUCAGACAAAUCGUGGUUUGUUGCUACGACGAGUGUUACGCAGAGACAGUGGAAUUUACCAGUGUCACGCAAUGGAGCAUGGAUUCACCCAAACACUGCUCAGCAUCACGCUGGACAUCGUUCCCACUACAGGCCCAGCACAUAGCCAAGCACACAACCCCACCCAGAGCCAAGCACAGUCUACUAAUCAGAAGCUGUGGUACAGAGACUUCAUGCAGCUGGUCGAUCACCCCAACCUGAGCACCGUUGACCAGAUCUGUGAGCAGGUUUGGUCACGUAAAAACAGCCAAUCAGACAAAGCUAUGGCAGACGCACCCAACGAGUCUCCAAGUAUCAAUCCUCUGCACAACACGAACAAAAGAUGGAAGCAUCUUAAGGAGGUGAGGAAGGGGAGGAACCGCAGAACACACGACGGAAAAAGUGCACCUCGAGUGCCUCGGAGUGCGGGAGAGUAAUAUAGGACGAAGAGAGAGUGAGAGAGAGAUGGACAGAGAAAGAAAUAGAGAUCACUGGAGUUGGAUAAAACCGCACACCAUCACAUUUAAUGACUAUUUAUCAAAUAAUACACGCAAGCUAUACAUCAGAAAGUCACAAAAUUCUUCACAUACUGUACAAUUUACCACACACCAUUGCCUUACUGCAUUGCUGACCCAUCAUACCUCCUAGACUUCCAGAAAUCCUUCCUAACACUUCUACGCCUCCCUAAAUCAGUCUACAACCAUUUACAGACUUUACUGCCCUGCUUUACCGCUCCUACAUUGUAGUGCUCUCAAAACUAAUUUCACAGUUCAAAUCCUAGUUCAAAUUUCAAGCCCCAGACUCCACAUUUUUUGGCUAAAUUACCCUUUGUAGCUUCUUUUUAGUUUUUAUAGUUAGGUGGGCAUGAGACUCCUUAUACAAUACUUUAUUUCACACAUUUUAAUUAAUUUUAUUUUAAUGACAUUUUAGUUAAAGCUGUUAGAUUUAGCUUUAUCUGUAGUUGAGUCUCAAAUGUCCUUCUAAUGGCUACAUAGUUCACUACAUGUGUACAACGACGCCAUUAAGUAGUGAGCAUAAGUAAUGAUAUAAAAUACAAAUAAUAGUAAUAUCUUUACUGGUAAUAUUCAUUACUAUGUCCAUAGUAGUAUCAUUAAAAUUCAAAUACACUCCCCUAAUACCCUCACUGCUAUUCCUACACACACUAUACACUCCCUUUAUACCCUCACUGCUAUUCCUACACACUCCAUACACUCCUUUAUACCAUCACUGUUAUUCCUACACACUCCAUACACUCCUUUAUACCAUCACUGUUAUUCCUACACACUCCAUACACUCCUUUAUACCCUCACUGAUAUUCCUACACACUUUAUACACUCCUUUAUACCCUCACUGCUAUUUCUACACACACCAUACACUCCCUUUAUACCCUCACUGCUAUUCCUACACACACCAUACACUCCCUUUAUACCCUCACUGCUAUUCCUACACACUCUAUACACUCCUUUAUACCCUCACUGCUAUUCCUACACACACCAUACACUCCCUUUAUACCCUCACUGCUAUUCCUACACACUCUAUACACUCCUUUAUACCCUCACUGCUAUUCCUACACACACCAUACACUCCCUUUAUACCCUCACUGAUAUUCCUACACACUCCAUACACUCCGUUUAUACCCUCACUGAUAUUCCUACACACCCCAUACACUCCGGUUAUACCCUCACUGCUAUUCCUUCACACCCCAUACACUCUUUAUACCCUCACUGCUAUUCCUACACACUCCAUACACUCCCUUUAUACCCUCACACACACACACACACACACACACACACACACACACACACACACACACACACACACACACACACACACACACACACACACACACACACACAAACACACACAUGCAAAAUGAUGCAAUAAUUAUUUGCUUGGGCUUCUUUCUGAACACAGAGGCCCAAAGUGCAGACAAGGAUGAUGUCGUUCUGAGUAAAAUUGCCUCAUCUUGGCUACAACUCCAAGAGGAGGAAUAAUCGGAACUACAGACUCAUUAAACAGAGUAUUAAGUAUUAAACAGACUCAGUACCUACACAAACUGUACAGCGGUGCAAUUGCAUGCAUUGUCUUGGAACAGCACGCACACUUAAACACUUGCUCUUCUUCUAGAAAAACAAACAGCAACAAAAAAAAAUGCCUUGUAUAUUUGCAACAUAUUUGUGUGUUUGUGCUUCGUGCUGUUUGCGUUCUAUAGAACAGAAUUUUCUCUAUAUCUUCUAAUAUUCUCUGUGUGACCAAAACCACUAUUUAGCUGAGCACCACUAGCUGCCUGUUACCAUAGAAACUGUUAAAGCUGCUCUCUAGUGUUUGCCAUCAGCAGGAAAUGGGGAGAAAGAAACGUAAAACUGUGAACUUACCUACAAAACAUCAUCAACAUCAAAUUUAUGGAAAAGAGUUCCUUUGAGUCAUGUGGCCUGGCUUCUCACUGGCGCCACCUGUUGUACGGAAAUACUUUGAGCUGCUUUGAUGUUGUUUUUUUCUCCCACUUUAUCCAAAGCACAUUUUGUGUGAGAUCAAAAGGUGGUAGGAUGGAGGGUCACCCAUGUGCACUAUACCUGUAUUGUGUGUUUGUUUGCUUUACGAUGAUGUGUGCUAGACACCUUCAGUCAUUACCAGGCACAACAUCAACGCAGGGGUGCAUUAUGGGGAAAAACAGACAAAUGGAGGUGUGGGUAAAGAAAAUAAUUUAUGAUGUGGGAUAAAGGAUGUUUUGGUUUCGAAACUGCUUCUAAUAUGUUAUUAUUUACAAGAAAAUAUGAUUGUGUGUGUGUGUGUGUGUGUGUGUGUGUGUGUGUGUGUGUGUGUGUGUGUGUGUGUGUGUGUGUGUGUGUGUGUGUGAGUGUGUGUUUCAUAGCUCCCACAGUCAAAUUAACUCUAUAUUCCUCAUACAGCAUGUUAUUUAAAGUAGUGUUCAUUCAUUUUAAAGUAAAUACACUAAUUGUUCUCUCAUCAACCCUUUCUGCUGAUGUAGGGGGUUUUAGGUUGGACGAUAAAUGACAGAUAAUAAUUCCUUCCUCCUUUCGACCUCAGUCAACCACUUACAGUUUUCCUGGGCUAUUAAGAAAAAUGCAUACUGUGCUCCAAUUCUCAUUUUACUUCAACACAAGCAGCAUCAGAGAGCAGGGAAUAGUGGGGUUGAAUACCUAAGGCCUCUAAAUGGAGAGGUUUGGGUUUGUCUUUCCAUUAAAGAGAUGUGAAGUAUGUAUUUUCAUGUAACAUCCCUGACUACUAAAUUAUAUACCACAAAAUUUAAGGCAGUUCUAGGAAAUCUGUUCUAUUCAGCUACGUUUUUGGUUCCAAAACAUGUCGUAUUUUUUUGCUAUUAUUGUUUUCCAGAGUGGUUUGCGGUAAUGGCUGGUAUGAGAGUGAAUGAAAAUAACGAGUCAGAGCAGAAAGGUGGAUUGGUGAACUGGCUUUUGGUUUUUACCACUAGAUGUCAGCUGGGUGUUGUGAAAGAAACAUGAAGCAAUUGAGUUAAAACUAUCACUAUUCAAGACUACAACGAGAGAAAGAUACAGAUAUACAGAUAAUUACAUAUAUAGCUACAACGAGCUGCUUAUUUUAUAUCAGGCAUACUUACUGUAUAUGUUCUACACGAAUGAGAAUUUUAAAUGAAAUCAAUAAUUAAAUAAAAAUAAAGAAAUACAUAAUAAUAAUCAAAAUUUCAGAAAUAUGAAACAUUUCAGUUCCAUGGAAUUUGACAAAGUUCCAGAUUUCCAGAUGGAAAUGUGAAACUUCUCAAAUUGAAAUUUGAGAAGUUUCAGUUCCUUAACUUCCUCAGAAAUAAAAGAACCGAACCAAACAUACUUUUUUCCUGUCAGUAGGCUGAUUUCAGCAAUAAUGAAAAUAUUGAGCAAAUUCAUGAAGCAUCAUUUCUUGAGGAAGGUGCAUGAGUGGUGAAUGGGGUACAUUUAUAUUUUACAGUAAAGCUUUCAAAGUAACAGCCCUAAAUGUGCAGUUAUGUACUUUGAUGAUAUCCACACCAGCAUCAAGGAAAUGUACAUUUAUUCCUUGGAGUAAAUUUUAGUUUCUUUCCCGUUCUUGAAAAUUGCAUCGUAAGGCCUGACAUCUCAACUUCUUUUCCUUCAACAAUCAGUUCCACUAGCUGUUAUCAGUUCCUUAAGAUAUAAGAUAAGAGUGUAAAAGGGUGAAUAGGUUUUGUUCUAUUUAUAAUGUCUCAUGAGGUAAUGAACGGUUAUGCCUGUUUCUGUUCAUUUGCAUGACUUAAAUAAAGAUGUGUAGUUGAGUGUUUUGCCAGUACAGUAGACAGGAAGCACAUUGGCACAUCUGAUGUUCUUAUGACGUAUUUAAGACAUAAUAAGCUAAUAUGUAGUGGUGAAUUGUGCUGAGAUUGACCUUUGUAAUAUAUCCAUUCUUCUGAAAACUGGAGAAAAAAGUGUGUAUAUUUUGAGGUAUAUGUUCCUUUCCUUUUUAAACCAUAUUUAAGGAUAUGAUCCAAAACUCUACUUGUGUGACAUGACAUUUUCCUCUUUUAACUUUUUUUCUAAAAAAAAACAAAAAAAAACCGAAUUAACCAAAUGACCCAGACCAGCUCACUGAUUUCGUUGCCUUGUGACUCUUCUCAUAUUCUGAGAGACAGAGCAUCUCUGUGUUCCGUCUGUGUAUGUGUGUGUGUGUGUGUGUGUGUGCAUGUACGAGUGUGUAUAUGCACGCUCGUACAUGCAUGUGUGAGAAGCAUUAACAUGUGUAAAUGUUGUAUGUGUGUGUCUACUGUUAGAUGUUGUAAACUGUAAACUAUGGAUUAAAAGUGAUUUUCUGGAGAGGUCAAAGGCCAAAGUUGACAUGGAACACUGUAGUGACUAUUCCUAUUUCUAUGUGGUUUGUUGCAUCAGACUGUAUUUGAUUAACACAAAGAAAUAAACAGUUACUUCAAAA